AUGCGUACAUUUCGUGCGCACAGAGAAUUGCCUACAGUGAAAACUGGUCGUCGUGCUGUGAACGCGGAUGAACAGAUGACGUGCUCAACAGGGUGCAUCGCUAUUUUGCUGUCCCUCUUUUCAAUCGACAUUCAGGAGGCGAAAGAUCUGCCCAGAAAAGGAAGUACUAUCAACCCCGGUAUGAAGUUCAUUGCAAGCAGCUACGGCCUACAGUACGGCAGCUACAUGAUGCAGCAGAAGGUGGACGAGUUCCUGCUCCGCUACGCGCUGCCAAAGUUAAGCAUUCACCUGUCCGGUACCGAGCUUAUGCUGUCAAACGUUACGAUCAAGAAGUUGUACCGGUCACACGGUCACUACGAUCUGCUGCCUCCGGGCUGCAUCCGUUGGGUGCUCUCUCAAAAAAAGGUCCGCAUCUCUGGACUGUGGCAGCUGCUUCGUUGCCCUUGCGUUGCACGAGGGGAUUUUAACGUCACACUGCUGGAUCUGAAGACACACAUCUGGCAAACACUGUGCGACACGACCCGUUCGUUCCUUAUGGUAGAGGCCAACAAAUUUCUGAAUGAGUUCCCGACCACGAUUUCCAUUGAUCCGAGCACAAGGAUCAACUUCGACGUUGGCUUAAUAUUUUCGGGAUAUCCAAUUGGAUGCGUGAAAACCGUUGGCACGUCAUGCAAACUGCACCCGCCUCCGUUGGCCUCGCCUUCUACAAACAACAGCAUGUACUAUUUUCUGAUCAGCGACGAAGUGUUCAACGCACUGUUCGUUCAUGGCUUCAAAAGUGACGCCCAACUGAAACCCCUCCAUAAACCGGUCAGGAAGCCUCUGCUUGGCAGCAGCUUCAAAAUCAGAAGACUGCCAGGGCUACCAGAGCUUUUACCGAUUGGUCGACUGAGUACCCCUCCAUCGGUUACAUUCGUGCAUGGUCAUGCUCUGUGGAAUGCACAGGGCACCGUCGACCUAAUUUCAGAAGGAAAACGGAAAUCAUCCGAUUCUGGUGGUGAAAUCCGAAUGAAAUUCAACUGUAACGGCAGCUUCGUGGCCAAUGCAAAGAGUAAUAAAAUAAGACCUAGUGUCAACUCCAUCGAAACCGUUCUCACGGUGCACCGGGUUCAUGCGCGAAUUCUAACAGAGGCCAAGGAUCUACCGGCCCUGAAGACGGCUAUCAGCGAUUCUCUGGAACAAGUUGUCAACUCAUUCCUCCAUCGCUACGCCCUUCCACUUCCUCUGCGCAAAAAUGACGUCCUGCAAAGACUGGUUCUCGCUUCAUUCGCGCAUCUGGAUGACAGGGAGUUUUCAGAUUGUUUGGAGAACAACGCUAUCAUGCACCUAAUAAAAUGGGGAAACUAUGUGCCGCAUAUUUGGAGGAACGACUUCUUGAGGAUCUUCAUCACGGUUUUCGCACAUUUUGCUGCCAAUAUGAGGAAAAUCCGCUUAUUUACUGAACUGGCAAAGCUGAUGAAUUGA